CCACGUUGGUUUCUCGAUGGAGGCACCACCAUCGAGGCAGGAAGGAACCUAUUGGCAUUGGCAUGGCAAUGGUGAAGAUGCUGCUGCGGACGAUGGCUCCUCCUGGUGUGAUUAUUCAGAUUCUCCAGGACAUGGUUCCAGCUUACACACAGAAUGGGCCCACUUGCAGGACCAGCUUCAUAAGAUGGGCUACAGGGAAGGCAUAUCCGAAGGGCGGAAGGACGCUGCCCAAGAGGGCUUCAAUCUUGGGCAUAGGCAAUCUGCGCCUGAAGGAUACAAGUGGGGUCUCGUUCGGGGAAUUACUAGUGCAUUGGCUAGUCUUCCGGAUAGUCUAAAAGAAAAGUUGCUGCUAGACGCCCAGCAUAGAGGGAAACUUGAAGAUUUGCGCAACUCUGUGCAAGAAAUUUCACCAGAGGCUGCAGUGCGGAUGUUCCAUGAGAGUAUUAUUCAGGAUAAUGCUCCGCUAGUGGAAAGCAGGCUUCAAACUAUUCCAAAUGAUCUUCUGCUGUUGUUGCGCGAAUGCCCAGAUGUUCAAGUUCCUGAAGAGUUGAAACGAGCUCCAUAAGCAAGGUCGAAAGUGAAAGUGAAAUUGCAAGCACCACUGAUUUUGAUCUCUGGUAGAAUCACUUAGACUGAGUUCUUCUGAAGGAUGCAGUUGUAAACACUGUGAUACUAAGGAUGCAGUAGAUCAUGUCACCCAUUUUACGCUAUGAAACUCCUGUAAAUUCACAUUAUGAAUGACUAUAGUAAUAUAUUUC